UAUGAUACAACCUAUAUUGCUUGCCAAGCCCCGAUGAAGGCCACAGUGGUUGAUUUCUGGCGCAUGGUCUGGCAGGAACGGGUGGAGAAGAUCGUCAUGCUUGCCAAUCUAGUUGAGCACGGCAGGGUGAAAUGUGAGAAAUAUUGGCCGGAUGGCGGAAUCACAAACUACGGUGAUUUGGCAGUCACUAACGUCGACGAGAUACCGUACCACGACUGUGUACAACGGACAUUCCAUGUGUCGAAAAGCAUUGAGCCUGAGGGUGAAUACCGUGAGUUAACCCAGUUCCACUACACAUCUUGGCCAGACAUGAAACCACCAGAGUCAUCCUCGCUACUUAAAUUCAUCCGAAGAGUCAAAGCGUCUACGACUUCCCAGCCUGGUACUAUGAUUGUCCACUGCAGUGCGGGAAUUGGACGAACCGGAACAUUCAUAACCAUGGACGCUAUGCUGACUCAAGCAGAGGUGGAGGGUCAAGUAGACGUCUUCAAGUUCAUCCGCGCCAUGAGAAGGCAACGAUUUAGAAUGGUGCAAACUAUUGAUCAGUACAAGUUCAUCUUUGUCGCCCUUUUGGAGUCUUGCCAGACCGAGAAGCUUCAUCCCAGCCAACAGACUACGUUAAGUGCUAACUCUGGAAAGUCUAUUAGUCAUCGUGCAGGACGUGGUGAUCGCAGUUGAUGUUCCCGAGAAUUUGCAAUAUGCAUAGAGUCACAGACGGUCGCCGAUUCUCUGCGAUGUCAUUUGUCUCCGUCACAAGUGUCUUCAGAUGAUAUGUCACAUUAUUAUUUC